UUCCACCCUUACAUGAACGGUGACAGUGUGGGGCUCCAGUACAGGCAGACAACAUGGGGAAAGGCUUCUUUAUCAGUAAAGCUGUUGGGAUAGUAGCUAUCAUCCUGUGUGCAGGGGCCGUGGCUGUGAUCAUUGCUCUAUCUGUUGUCUACUCACAGGAAAAGGCAAAAAAUAAUAAUCAGGUCUCGCCAACGGAUGGAGGAUCAACAUCCAACCCCCCUGUCACACCGUCCCCGUCCAAUGAACCUUGGGACAAGUAUCGGCUGCCCAAGAGCCUGGUGCCGGACCACUACAAUGUCACCUUGUGGCCACGUCUGACUGUAGAUGCGACAACUGGACUCUACAUCUUUACUGGUGAUUCCAGUGUGGAGUUUGAGUGUGCUGAGGAGACUGACCUGAUUCUUAUCCACUCCAAUAAGCUGAACUACACCAAAUUGGAGAAUGGCCACUUGGCGAUGCUCAUGUCAGUCAAUAGUGGGGUCAAAGCUCCCUCAAUCAAGUACUCCUGGCUCCAGAAUGUGACUCAGUACCUGGUCCUACAGCUGGAUGGUAAACUGAGUAAGGACCACAGGUACCACCUCGUCACACAAUUUACCGGAGAGCUGGCUGAUGACCUGGGAGGCUUCUACAGAAGUGAAUACAUGGAGGAUGGCGUAAAAAAGGUUGUUGCUACUACUCAGAUGCAGCCAACAGAUGCCAGGAAGGCUUUCCCCUGUUUUGACGAGCCAGCUAUGAAAGCUAUAUUCUACAUCACGUUGAUCCACGACCAUGGAACUGUAGCCUUGUCCAAUGGCGAAGUGAAAGACUCAAGCAAUUUCCCCAUUGAGGGUCACAAUGUGCAGAAGACAAUUUUUGAGCCAACUGAGAAAAUGUCCACCUACCUGUUGGCGUUCAUUGUCAGUGACUUUGCCUUCAUCAAUAAUACCAUUGAUGGAGUUUUGAUUCGCAUCUUCGCCAGGAAGCCUGCUAUUGCUGCUGGUCAAGGAGAGUAUGCCCUUAACAAAACUGGACCCAUCCUUAAGUUCUUUGAGAAGUAUUACAAUACCAGCUACCCUCUGCCAAAGUCCGAUCAGAUAGCUCUACCAGACUUUAAUGCUGGAGCCAUGGAGAACUGGGGUCUGAUCACAUACAGAGAGACAGCACUGCUCUACGAUGAAGCGUACUCCUCCAACUCCAACAAGCAAAGGAUUGCGACCAUCAUCGCUCAUGAACUGGCUCACAUGUGGUUUGGUAAUCUGGUGACCCUGAGGUGGUGGAAUGACUUGUGGCUGAAUGAAGGCUUUGCAUCCUAUGUUGAGUACCUGGGAGCACACGAGGCUGAACCCGACUGGAAUGUGAAAGACCUCAUCGUGCUCAGUGACGUCCACAGGGUGUUUGCCGUCGAUGCUCUGGCCUCUUCUCACCCCCUGUCCUCCAGAGAAGAGGACAUCCAGAAACCUGCACAGAUCAGUGAGCUGUUCGAUGCUAUCUCAUACAGCAAGGGAGCAUCUGUUCUGAGGAUGUUGUCGGACUUCCUAACUGAAGAAGUCUUCACAAUGGGACUACGGACCUACCUGGGUGAAUUUGCGUUUGGGAAUGCAGUCUACACAGACCUAUUGAAUCAUCUGCAGAUGGCUGUUAUUGCUAAUGGCACUCAACUUCCUGACACUGUCCAAAAUAUCAUGAGCACAUGGAUCCUGCAGAUGGGCUUUCCUGUGGUUACCAUAAAUACCACGACUGGGGUUGUGUCCCAGCAGCACUUUCUCUUGGAUCCAGACUCGGAAGUCACUGCUGUAUCUCCCUUCAACUAUGAAUGGAUUGUUCCAAUCAAGUGGAUGAAAACUGAAGUUAUCCAGGAACCGCAAUGGCUGACGGAUAAAUCAGCCACAAAUGAUGAGAUGAAGUUAUCAGGGGCUGACUGGGUUCUGGCCAACCUUGACGUGGUGGGUUACUACAGAGUCAACUAUGACACGGACAACUGGAACAGACUCGUAGAUAAUCUGAGAACCGAUCAUAAGCUUAUUCCAGUUAUCAACAGAGCUCAGUUGGUGGAUGAUGCCUUCAACCUAGCCAGAGCAAAGAUCAUCUCUACAGUCCUGGCCCUUGAGACCACCCAGUACCUGAACAAGGAGAGAGAUUACAUGCCCUGGGAGUCAGCCCUGAGCAACCUGGACUUCUUCUACCUGAUGUUUGACCGCAGUGAGGUGUAUGGUCCCAUGCAGGAUUAUCUGAGGAAACAGGUCACCCCUCUGUUUGAAUACUACAAGAACAUGACUCUCAACUGGAGCAAAGUCCCUGCUGGACACAUGGACCAGUAUAACCAGGUGAAUGCUAUCAGCCUGGCUUGCAAGACAGACCUUGAGGAAUGCCAAAAUCUGUCCAAGGCAUGGUUCAAUCAAUGGAUGAACACUAAUGAAAACCAGAUCCACCCCAACCUGCGCUCCACUGUGUACUGUAAUGCCAUUGCAGCAGGUGGCGCUAAAGAGUGGGAGUUUGCUUGGUCACAGUUUUAUAAUGCCACCAUUGCUAUUGAAGCUGACAAACUCCGCUCUGCCCUGGCCUGCACGAAGCAACCCUGGCUGCUCAACAGGUAUCUGGAGUACACUCUGGAUCCAGACAUGAUCCGAAAGCAGGAUGCCACCUCCACUAUCGUUUACAUUGCUAACAAUGUGGCUGGACAGUCUCUGGCGUGGGACUUUGUCAGGGCUCGAUGGUCAUACAUUUUCACAGAGUAUGGUGGUGGAUCAUUCUCCUUCUCCAACCUCAUCAACGGAGUCACCAAGCGCUUUUCCACUGACUUUGAGCUUCAGCAGCUGAAGCAGUUCAAGGCAGACAACAGUGUGGUGGGUUUUGGCUCUGGGACGCUGGCAGUGGAUCAGUCCAUUGAGAGAACCAUCAGCAACAUCAAAUGGAUCACAGAGAACAAGGAGAAUGUUCUGAAUUGGUUUGAUAAGGCCUUGUAGCUCUGUAUAUACUUGUACGACAUGCAACUUAAAGACUUCAACAAAAUAAAUUAGACCAGAAUGUGCUUGCUGAAACUUUGAUGUAGCUGUUUGGUUAAACUGAAAAGAAGAAAAUGAUUCCUGGCUCUGUCUAAGUGGAGGUACGUUGACAGAGCCAAGAGGACGUGGGUAAGGAUGCUUUGUUGUUGUUUGUUUUAUACUUUUUUAAUCACAUUGUUAAAUGUAUCUACUUGUGCUCCUGAAAUGACACAGUAAAGAGUUUGUGUUAUUUCUUUGAGCGUACUUUCACAGCCUUCUUUUGUGAUUGAGGGUGUUUAGUUCGACUUUCCUGUUAUGUCAGGAUCAGGAGACUCUGCAUGAAGAAAAUCAUUAUAUUGUGAUCAUAGCGUGAUUAUUUUAUUUAUAUGUCAUUAAGGGUAAAAACACAUAACUUUAUUAAACAUAACUAAGAUAUUACUCUUUGGCCAUCGUUCAUAUUAGUUGAAACAAACAUAACACAUAAAAAUGCAUUUCUUUUUAAUAUUGCGUACCUUAUGGGCUCUGUAUUUGAAGACUAAAUAUUUGAGACAAACACAAAACAACACAAAAUAAUGAACGGUAAAAAGUGAAUUGUUAUUGAAGACAUUCCUUUAUGUUAAGCUUUACUUUCCCUGGUUAUGACGGCCAGCAUCACAAGUCACCCUGAACCAAUGCUUGUAUUCUGUUUCUAUCUGUGAUGUGACGAAACAAUCUGCUUCCAUCACAGAGCAAAUACAGCUUUGUCUUGUAUAAUACAUCCAAAACGUACUUUGCUAUACAACUAUAGCAAACCAACAUCUUUAUGUGCAAUUCUAUAAACUGGAUAUAUGUAAAUAUGUUCACCUUUAAAAUUGAAAACUUUACAAUUUCUUAUGUCCACAUUGUUGCUCAUGUGAAAGUACAACUUGAAGAAAUGAACAUUUGAAAGACAAUGAUUCUCAUCUUGUGCCGUCAUUGAUAUCUGACAUGCUGUAUUUGAAGGCAAUGGAAAGAAUAAACACAUCCAUGCUGAUGGACUUGAUGAUUAGCUCAUGCUAUAGCUGGAUAUGUUUGAGAUCAGAUGUCUGACUGUCUGUAAUAAUCAAACCACUUACAUAAGGCAUCAUCUUUUUGUUGCAGCUAAAGUCGAUGUAACUUUUAGAUGGAUCGCAGCAAAGCAGAGCCAACCCUAUAAACACAAAGGUCUGUCCUCGGGGGCGUACAGCACUUUGACUCAUUGACUGGCUGAUUCCCGAUCUAUCGCACACUAAGAACAGAACAUUCUGCUACUUGACAAAACCACUAUUUGAAGACGAUAGACAUUGGAUGUUGUUUAAUGUCCCCCGUUACAUUCUCUUCACCCAAUGAGUGUAAGGAAACCUAGUAAUGUUUCAAGUGACACAAAGUGUUCAUCAGAAUGGGCGCCGCCUUGUUGUACUUGGUGAUGCAUCUCAUAGAACGGACGGCAACAGAUGUUAGAUAAACAGAAUAUUACAUCAAACAUCGAGCAACGUCAGGAGAAUGUGUCAAUAAUUGGUUUUCUUUAUAUUGUCAGUCAGAAGACUCUUUCUUUCUCAAGUACAAACAACAUGUUUUUAAAUAAAUGCAGCUUAUUUAAAGGUGUGGUCGGUUCGUUACUGCUCUAGUUUUCAAAGUUUGUGUGUUUUUAAUCUGUUUUUAAUCUGGCAUUCCUAUCUGCUCUGUUUUCCCCCAUAUGUCAAGUAGUUGUAUUGUUUUCUCAUUUAAUUUAAUCAUCAUCAUUAAACAUAUCGUAAAUCAUAUUGAUUUAUUUUGUCACACUGAAACCUGGCUGUGCUAUGAAUUCAUUUGAAAACCAGAAAUCACUACAGCCAAUUAUAUUUCUUAUAGUCUGCAGCACCCCAGGUGCCUUUUCUGUUUUUAUGAAAUUUUGCUGUAAAAAAACAGAUAACAGGUAAUUAUUGAAGGUGAUUUUAACAUUCAAGUGGAUGUCGAUAAUGAUAGCCUCAGUACUGUGUUUAUCACAUUAUUAUUAUUCUAAAUAGAAAAUUGAAUAGUCUUCCUGAACCCUCUUUUAUUGGAAAAUGACCGAAUAACUUUUGAAUUUGUACUACCAGAUUGUACAGGUAAUAAAUGCUUCCCAU